AUGAAGGUUCCUAACUAUAUUUUGUCGUGUACGUUGCUGGCCGCAGUGAUCCUUGUGUGUCAGGCAAGGCCAAACACGAAGCUCAGUUCACAAACAAGCAGCGGUCUGAGGUCCGAGUGCUUGGGGAAUCUAAUGCGCCUGUCGCUGGAUAAAGCUCUGGCCGUGGGCAACCAGCUCGAGGUGGAGGCAGUCAAUGGCAGUAGGAGAGUGCUUCUGACCCCGGCCCUGGCUGCUCGGUGUGGCUAUAGCAUGGAGUCUGACCCCUGGGGGAACACACGCAUCUACUCAUCACUGCUGGGCUGCUACGCCCACAAUACGGAGGACUCCACAUUUGACAUAGGUCUAAAGCUACAGAUGUUCAAUCCUACAUCUCCUGAUGUAACUUCCCAUGACGUGCAGCAAACCUGCAGCUUCUCCCGCUGGGCUCAGAGGGAGGUUCUCUGUGACCGCAACUACAUGGAGGUGUCCCACCACAUGCCUGUGCACGACCAGUCUGAUCCCAAGGGUUCAAGCGCAGUACCUGAGAAAAACAACCCUCAGCAGAACAUCAUUCCUGGGGGCUCUUCACUGGGAAGCAUUUGGAAGCUGACGUUCUACACUCCUGAGCCUGUGCCCAUGGUGCAAAAGGAGGCAGAGCAGGCUGGCUAUGGAGCAAUGAGCACUGCCAACCGCAUCGUGGUCCGCAGCCCCUACCACAAACCAGAAACUUACUCUGAAGAGGUGGCAGGAAUCCCCAUGGAGAUGCUGCGUGUCAGUGUGUACUACAAUUCACCCGCAGGCCUCAAUAUCCUGGACAUGUCAGCGGCUUGUCCCAUUGGUGGCGUGCUGUUCACAGAGCAGCUCAUCUCCUGGCAUGUCCCACGCACACUCACCCCUGUUGUGGACAGCGGCUCAAAGAUCCAUGAGCUGCACAUGGGCAUUAGCGGUCAGAGGCUGGACAAGGGCCAGAUGUCCGCCCGCGGCUACACACUCGCGACCCGGGACUUCCACAUAAUCAUGGAGAUCCCUGUGGGCGCUCCUGAUGGUUACUACAAGAGCCACGCUCCAGAGAACCAGUACCACGUGAGCUUCAGUGUUGAGCCCAUGCUGGAAGUGUUGUGGAGGUCCGAGCGCAGCGCAGAGGAGACUCACUACAAGGUCCUGUUCCCCAUCACCACCCCCCUGAUGGCCCGGCCCCCACAAACCAUUGACCAGAGCGAUGCCGAGGGGAGGCUCUUUUCUGUAAAGAUUGGCACCUUCCUGCAGGAUGUGGAACUGAAGAACAUCACCUUCUCUACUGGGACCCUGUCUGUGGAGCAGUGUGUGCAAAGGGGCUUCAAUGUACAGCAGAAGGACCACCCUGACAGCACACGUACCUUCAGCAUCAGCCUGGGCUUCAGUGAGGAUGUGGUCCAGACCCAUAACCCAGAGCGUCUAGUGACUCGGUACACCCUGGCCCUCACCAUGGGAUUUGUAGUCCUGCCAGAGCGCUCGUCCUUCUCUGCCAGUGCAGAGCUGCAGGCCUCUCUACAGGAUGUUGUUCUGCCAAAGGUGUCAGGCAGCUGUGACCAGGAGAACUUUCACAUCACUGUGACGUAUGGAAACCAGGGCUCCAACUCCCAGACGUUUGAGACAUUGGUGGGCUACAACCGCCUGACCGCAGAGCGUGCUGCAGCUUAUCGCUUCACAGAGCACUCUACGCACUUUAGCUUUGUGGUGCCAUUCCUGGCCCAGGACACUGCUCUGGAGGUGCUGGAGUCAGAUUCUGUAAGGGCACGGCUGGACAUCCUGCUGUGGGACCCCAAAUACCAGUGGCCUGUGGGUGACUUGUUCCUGGCCUGCCACUUCCCCCUGACAUCCACACAGUGCUUCUCUAACGGCACCAUGAACGCUGUGGCGGUGAAGCUGGAGUCUGUCCCUAACCUGCAGCCCAGCAGACUGAGGCUGAAGGACCGCAGCUGUAGACCUGUGAAAACAACCGAGCGUUGGGCCCUUUUCUCCUUCACCGUGGACUCCUGUGGGACCUCAAGGACUUUUUUGGAUAACUACAUGGUGUAUGAGAAUGAAAUCAGCCUGGACUACAACUCUGAGCCAGUCUACCAGGGAUGGGGAGGAAGAGUGUCCCGCACUAGCCCCAUUGACCCAGAGUAUAAACAAAAGGUGUCCUGCUUGUACAGAGUGGAUGGAGCCCUGAGCACCCUGUUCAGCCACGCUCCAGGCAGUGCUCCAGCUGCUGAAGUGGGAAAAGGACAGCUGCAGGUCAACCUGAGGCUGGCUAAAGACCGUUCGUACACUUCAUUCUUCCAGCCUGAAGACUUUCCAAUACUGAAAGUCCUGCAGGAGCCGGUGUUUAUGGAGGUGUCUCUGGACUCAUCAUCUGAUCCCCGGCUGGAGCUGGUGCUAGAAAACUGCUGGGCCUCCAGUGGUGCUGACCGCCACGCUCUCCCCCGCUGGGACAUCAUCGUGGACACCUGUGAGAAUCCAGAAGACCGCUACCUGACCGAGCUUCUCCCAGUGCAUAAAGAUGGAAGAGUGACAAUCCCCGCUCAUGUAAAGCGCUUCUCCUUCAAGAUGUUCACCUUCACCAGAAACGACCAGGUCCUCCAAGAGCAGAUCCAAAUUCAUUGCGACACCGUGGUCAGGCUCUCAUCCUGGCAGCAGGGCAAAAGGCCAGAGGAGGGGGACGAGCGGUUCACCAGUCUCAUCUAG